AAGCAGUGAUAGCGGUUGCAGCGGAGAUCUUAGAACUGAGGUUGAGGUGACGGCGGAUGCGGCAAAGAGCUUAACUAAGAGAGUGACAGAGAGUGGGUUUGAAACUAAGAGGAGAGCUUCUGGGAUGGGAGGGGUGGAGCAGAGAGUGGUUUUGGUUGGUUGCUUUGUUUAGUUAUCUUGGCUUUCAGGUUACUUCACCUCUCUGCAGAUUCUCCCGUAAGAAUCUGACACAAAUGUUUCAUCUUUUAUUUGGUAGCAUUGUUGAAAAGACUGUUUACAUGAAGAAGCUGGGUACAGCUAUCUCCCGCAGUGAUGUUGUUGUCUUUGUGUUUUGCAAACCACAACUUGUCCAUCCCAACUCCUCAGUCCACAUCUCCCUUGUCCACACACCUAGACUAGGAACAACUUCAUCAGAAUAUGUUUUGUUGUAUCAAGAACAACUUCAUCGGUUGUUAAGUUGUUUUGAACGAUGUUGUACUAUAAAAUUAUUUGUUGUUGUUAUCCUUUAAAAGAACUAAAUCAGGGUGUUUUUCAUUUCAAUGUUAUUGUUGUAAAUGGUUAGCUGUUUUAGUAGAUCAUGGUCAUGUGCUCAUCACCUAUAGGAACCAACGUACACGUCCACACACACGCCAUCCAUAACUCAUUUUUCAAAUUGCACGGGUUCACAACACAAUUUUUCAAAUUGCACCGUCCACAAAACGUUGUCCAUGAUACUAUGUCCACUUAAUUCAGGUUUAAAUUUUAUAAAAUUUAAAAGAUGAAUGUGGUCAAAUUGCAUUGUCCACAACAUUAUCCAUGAUAUUGUGUCCAUUUAACUCAUUUUUAAAUUUUAUAAAAAUUAAAAUAUACAUAUGAAUCUCAAAACAUAGAAAUCUUGAUAUAAUUUAUUAUAUAUAUUAUAUUUCAAAUUUAUAUAUAAUAAUAGAAAAUAAUAACAAAUAAAAUUAUGUCGAGAGAAACCAAAAACAUUGUUGAUCAAAAAAAAAAAAAAACCAAAAACAUUAAUCUGUCCACAAACUCAUGUCCACAUCCACAUAUUUAUCCGUCAGCUCAUGUAUCACCUUGUACUCCUACUUUGAAUAAAUUUUAUCAGAUGGCAAAAUAGUCCAAAAGCUUCCUCAAUCUCCGUGAAUGUGUGCAACAAGUGGGAAGUGUCCCUGGAUGCAAAUGAAACUCAAAAAGUGUCCCAUUAUGUAAUCAACUCUUAUUUUUCAGGUAGACAGAACAACAAAAGUAUACGAUAGCGAGCAUAUAAUCCAAACUAAAGAUGAACAUAUAAUAACAAAAAGUAAAUUAAAGAAGCAGAAACUUCAAGAAUUAUUCGGGGGUGGUAAAAUAGGAGAGGAGAAAAGUGGAUCAUUAUCAAACUUUCUCUCUUUAAUGAUGCAAUUUAAUAUGACAAAUAAGAUCAUGGAGACAAAGACAAUAAGUAGGGCUUCCAUUAAGAUAUAUACAUAUAUACACUAACGAUAUGAUGUAGAUCUGUUUCUCUCUUAAUUUUUUAUUUUUAAUUAUAUAUGUUAUUCCUUUCCCUUGCAUAAUUGGAUUUGCUUAUAUAAAUUUAAUCCGUAAUCUCUUUUCACGUUGAGAAAAAGGCAUUUAUGAAUGUCUCACUCCCAUCUUUCUUAUACUGCUUCAAUGUAAAUAUAAUCAACAAAACGAGAGAACAUUUUAGCAGUAAUCAUGUGUAUAAAUCUUUUGAGAGACUUGUUGUGUCAUUCAUUAUCAUCAUUUUAGUAGAAAUAGUGUUCGCUGGAGUUUGUAAAUAUAUUUUAUAUAGAAAAACCUUAAGUUUUAUCUAUUUAUUCCAAAACUGUAAUCUUGUUUGACAUGUAAGCGCAGACUCAACUGCUAUUGAAACAAUAAUGAGUCCUCUUGAUUUUAGGUAGAACACAGAGAUAUUUUACAAUACAUGUUUUUCAUGAAGGCUUUGCAAUCACAAUGCUUCAUUAUAAUAUAUCAACUGCAGCCCGUGUUAUUAUAUUAAUAGUUAUAAUUGUAUUCGGUUGGACCAAAAGCAAGAUUUUGAGGAUCUGAUCUGGUGUGACCCAAGAGAUGUUACCACUCAACGAACCUCUACAGUUACCAAAAACAAACUAUGUUACAUAUCUACUUUUAUAGAUAUACAUGACACAUGCAUGAUUUUAAUGGUCUACAAAACCAUACACACACAUUUUUUGAAAGGGUUUAUUAAAGGAUAAUGGCUUUAACCAAAAAAAAAGCUGACAAUUCCUUUCUUAUCAUAAAAUUUUACACAUAACUGGAACGGUUUAUUAAAGGAUAAUACCAUUAACAAAAAUAUUAUCAAAAUCAUUUAAUAGCUUAUAUUUUUAGAUAUAAAAAUUGGUUGUACUUUGGAAUUUUGAUAAAGAAAUUUAUCUAUGGUUUAUCUUUUAAAUGAUAGUUUUUUUUGAAACAGAAAGAGUGUUGAUAGCAACAUUAAAUGAUAGUUAUAAAUUUUAAUAUUGACAAAGAGUGUUAUUAUUUAAUGUUACCAAUUCUAAGAGAGAUCCUUACUCGAGGGGAAAGUUACCUUGGCUAGGUUGCAUCAUCAGACAACAAAAGUACUAGCAAGCUCAAAUUGUUUACUACUCCAUGAUUAAUAGAAUCUAAAUUUUAAUACUGCAAAUACUACCAGUUGUUAUACUACAAAAUAAAAACAAGCUGGAGUACACAUGAUGACUUCUAAAAUUUUCUCUCAUGACUCUUGCUCAUCGCCAUCGGCCUAAUGAAAAAUAAAUCGGUUUUCGAUUUUUAUUUAUUUUGAUAAUGGUUACCUCUUUUAUGGGGAAACAGAGAAUUGAAUGAACAAAACGGUUUGGGGGAACAUCGUAAUCAAGUUUCUGAACCAGUCCCGUUGCCUUUAAUAUAAAAGCUGCAAAUAUUAUAUAUAUGCAUAGAUUUUUUUUAUACUAUAAUUUUCCACGAUAUUUGCAGCAAAGUGUUUAAGCAUUUAAAUUGUCUAUUGUAUAUAUAUUUUUUAUAUCCGACGUAGCAUAAACACAUUAUAACAAUUUACACAGUUUUGAUAAAUAUAUUUUGUUGACAAAACAAGUAUAUUUCCUAUGGUCAAUGAUAUUUCAUUUUAUACAACUCAAAAAUGACUGGCAUGUGAGCCAUGUGUGCCCAUUGACGUAUAUAAAAUUUCCAAAUCUCGCAUCAAUCAUCGUAUACCGCUCGCAGAUUUUCCAACAAUCUCUACUCUCUUAGACUUUUAUUUUGUAUCUAUCUGCACGAUUUUAACAUAAAAUUAUGUAUAUAAACAAUUAUGCAACGAUAUUUUCUUAUAACUGAUCAAGCUCAAUCACAGCUAGGUUGUGAUUUAGUCCAUCUCCUCUUGCGUCAUUAUCUUGUCUUCUUCCUCCUCUUAACAAUCGGUUUGUAUAUAUAGUAAUUAGUUCUUCAUGCGCUAAUAGUGGACAGUGGUUCAAUUUUAUUAACUAUUGAGUAUAUACAUACGUGUGAUUAUGUGAAUAAUGGCGUUCAUUAUUCAAUGAAUAGUCGCAGCUGAGAAAAAUACUUAAACUGAAGCAGUAUUUAUUAAUUCUUGUGGUGUCCAAUAGCCAUAUAUAUAAAUAUUAUAAUAUAAAGUUGUCUCUUGAUUAAUUACGGUGGCGCCGAAUGGAAUAUGACCAUGUAAGAGCAUUUAUAAUGCAUCGAUCUCUAUAUUUUUUUUCUAAAAUACAGAUUUCUAUCAUAGUGUUUUUCUAUUUUUUUUUAAAUAUAGAAGAAUAUUACCUUUUGCCUUUAUAUUAAUAGAUGAAAAUAGUAUUUCUCUACAUUUCCCCCUCUAUAAAUAGAAUUUUUUAUUAUAAAUGUAUACAUUAUAACACAUUCAACUCAAUAAUAGAGAUACAUUAUUUAAAAAAAAAUAGAUAUAAAAAUAAACGUUGGAGAUGAUCAAACAAAUAUAUGUAUAUAUAUGUUUCUAAGAGCAACAUUAUUGGGGAUAUCUAAUAAAAAGUUCUUAAAAUUUUAUAUAAUAUAAAUAUUAUGCUAGGUUCUUCAAACCAUGGAAAACCUAACCCAAAAAUUCUAAUUUAGUUCUAAAAUUCUAAUUUUUUGGUUGGGUUUUCCAUGAUUUUAAGAUUUCCAUACUUAAAUAUUAAUAUUUAUCUAUACAUACACUUUAAUUUGAGUUAAGAACCCUAUGCUAAGAUAUCCUCGUUGGAAGUGCUCUAACAUAGUCUUUCAUAUAAAAUUGAUUAGGUACUUGUACGCUCUAUGUUUUAAUCAAAAUUUAAUACCUUGACCCACUCGUAUUAAAGUAAAUUAUAUCACAUGGCAAUAUCGCGUUACAGCCAUCUUAGUCAUGCCUUCAUGCCCUUUUCCAUCUCGAGAAGGAAACAAAGAGCUUAAUCUGUCAUUUAAAUUAAUUGAAAGAGAUGGCUUAAUACGAGUGUGAACCUUUGUCCAGGAAGUGGGAAUCUCGUGUUUGUUUUUAUUACUCCCAUUGUACUCAAAUUAUUUAAGGCACGUGUAAUAAAAUACCUCGACGCAAUAGGUAUAGUUUUUAUAUUAAUUGUCUUCUUGAAAUUAAUUAUUUAGCUAUCAUAAACAUUUUAAAACCAUACUCUCUCUUACCAGUUGCUACAACAAUAAUUAGAAAAUUUUCUAACCAGACUUGUAAAACUAUAUGUACCAAUCGGACCUUCAUAAUUUUCUAAUCAUAAAGCGACGUUGUUUUUCAUUAAAAAGAGAGAAGAAAGAAGAGUCUUCUCUUGAUCAAAAAAAGAAAGAAAGAAGAGUCUUCUCAGAAGACUAACAAGUCUUUUAGUUAAUAAUAUACCACAAACCUACUACCAUAUAAUACAUGGAUCUUUUUGCGCUUGGUAAUAUAUAGCUUAUACUUUUCAAUUAGGAGUUAUUUUUUCCAAGUGCCCUUCAAAUUUUAAAUUAAUUUGUACAGAAAGAGUUAUGAUUUACAGUUUAUCUCGAUUAGAAAAUAAUAUAUCAUGAAAUUACAACCAAUAGCACAUGAAAUAAAAAUAUCUUUUACACGGAAACAUAUUUAAACAAUUCUGUCUAUGCAUAUGUCAAAACAACAUUGUGUAUGGAGUGAAUCCGAGUGUCGAUAUCGUACUCUGUUUCUUAAUUUCACCAAUCAAAUACACCAAAGAAGAAAAAACGAAACACUUAAAUUAUAGAAAGAAUAUAUGCUAAAUUAUAUAUUAUGACGUCACCAACCCCUCUUUUAUUUGGAGGAAAUAAAAAAAAGGUGGAAGAUGGGUAAUUCAUAAGCUAAGAGGCGAUGCACAUGCACGAGGGUCGGGCCAUAUUAGACGUGAAAGUAAAAAAAAAAUUCAAUGAGUGCCAUUCAACUAAAAAAAAAACUAUAUUAUAUUAUUUUAUUUCAAAAUAUGUAUUUUUCUUUCUUUUUCAGUUUUCGUAUAUGAAAAGAAUACACAUAUGAAACCAUGUUUCUAUUUAUUUUCACAUGAAGCAAAACUGGCUCAUUAAACGGUGAAAUCUCAAUAAUAUCUACUUUGUUCCAUGGACCCAAUUCCAUCCUCCCUCAUUCAUUUAUUAUAACCAAAAACCAUUAUAUUUGAGUUAAAAAAAACCAUUAUAUUUAUUUUUAUAUUAAUUUCCCUUAUGAAUAAGCCAAAGAAAAAAGAUACAUAUUUUCUAUUUAUUUUUCUUACAAUAUGAAAAGCAAAAAAAAAAAAAAUUGUGGAGGAAUAUUAAUACAUGCCCACUUCACAUCUAUUUUUGUGCAACUCUCUUUCUAAAGCUUCUCUCUGACAAUGGGAACCAUAGAGAAGAGUGUUUCUCAAGUAAACUUAACCUCCUCCGCCAUCUUCACCGUGUCUUCCUCCUACCCCGCCGCCUCGUUUUCCUCAUCUACAACAUCUUCUUCUUCUUCUUCAUCAACAACUUAUAACUCUAAAAGAAAAGCAUCUCCAAGAUCAUCAGAAAUUCUAGAAGAUGAUGAUAACGUCGUGAAACGGCGGAAGAUCAGCGGUGGAGAUAAGCAUCCGAACUAUAGAGGAGUACGGAUGAGGAGUUGGGGGAAAUGGGUGUCCGAGAUCAGAGAGCCGCGGAAGAAAUCAAGAAUCUGGCUCGGAACUUAUCCAACGGCUGAGAUGGCAGCUCGAGCUCAUGAUGUAGCAUCUUUAGCUAUUAAAGGUACAACGGCUCAUCUCAAUUUUCCUGAAUUAUCCGGCGAGCUUCCUCGUCCGGUCACAAGUUCUCCUAAAGAUAUUCAAGCGGCUGCAACCGCCGCCGCCGUGAAUUGGCAAGAUUCCGGCGCAAAUAGCCUCCGGAUGAAUAAUUCUGAUGUAGCUGAAUUAGCUGAAACCGAGCCGAGUCGAGUAGUGAUGGCUCAGGCGUUGUCAGGUAGUGUGGUGUAUUCUUCGGACGUUAACACUCGAGAUUUGUCGGAAAUUUCAUGUUCUUCGACGACGUCGUUUGCGGAUAAAGACAAGGAGGAAGAUAAGCUGUUUGAUUUGCCGGAUUUGUUUAGCGAUGAAAUGAUCAUACGAAACGAUGCGUUUUGCUAUUACUCGUCCGCGUGGCAGCUAUGUGGAGCUGAUCAUGGGUUCCGGCUUGAAGAGCCGUUUUUCUGUCUCAAUGACUAAAUCACACUCCAGCUCACUAACACCUAAUUAAUUUGCCUACUCUUUCUUCUUCCUUUUUCAGUUUCUAUAUUUACGUUUCUUUUUUUUUUUGUUUUUUUCAAUUUGAGCGUUAGUUAUUUUUCUGCAAAGAAACGGUAUCAUUUUGAUUUUUUUUUCUUUUUGGCAGAAAAGCGUGUUUGAUGAAUGGUUGUGUAUUAUAAAUUAAAUAUUGAUCCGUACAGAUAUUGGUUCUUACUUUUUUAUACAUUGAUAAUUAUUU